AUGGUUGAGCCAUGUAUUCCCACAAUAGACCUCACUCCUUUCCUAAAAGAAGAUGAGGAUGGGAAAAAGAAAGCCAUGGACAUAAUCACCCAAGCCUGUUCUGAAUAUGGUUUCUUCCAAAUUGUGAAUCAUGGGGUUUCCAUAGAUUUGAUGAAGAGAUCCAUAGAGCUAUCCAAGACAUUUUUCGAUUACCCACAUGAAGAAAAGAGUAAGAGUAGUCCUUCCUCUAAUGCACCACCUCUUCCCGCUGGCUACAAUAGGGAGCCUAUGCACUUAGCAGAAAGAAAAGAGUACUUGGUGGUUUGUCCUCCAGCAUCAUGCCUCAAUGUCUAUCCUGAAAACCCUCCCGAGUUCAAGGAAGUGCUUGAAGAAAUGUUUGCGCAAUUGAGCAAGACAGGUGUGCUUGUGGAGAACAUUAUAAAUGAGUGUUUGGGCCUCCCUCACAAUUUCCUCAAUGAAUUCAAUCAUGAUAGGAGUGGGGAUGUCCUGGUGGUCUUCCGUUAUUUCCCAGCUUCUAAAAAUGAGAAUAUUGGAAUCACAGAACAUGAAGAUUCCACUUGCAUUUCCUUUGUUUUCCAGGAUGAAGUUGGAGGCCUACAAGUCCUUAAGAAUGGAGAGUGGAUCCCUAUUGUUCCUGUAGAGGGCACCAUUGUGGUCAAUGUUGGCGAUUGUAUUCAGGUGUUAAGUAACAAAAAGUUCAAGAGUGCAACUCAUCGAGUUGUGAGAACAGGAGGACGAAGCCGAUACUCUUAUGGGUUCUUCCGUAACGUAACUGGAGACAAGUGGGUUGAACCAUUGCCACAGUUCACAAAAGAGAUUGGGGAGCCACCCAAUUAUAAAGGAUUUCUAUAUAAGGAGUAUCAGCAACUGAGAAUAAUGAAUGUGACCCAUCCACCUUCUAGACCUGAGGAUGUGAUUAACCUUACUCAUUUUGCAAUUGAUACCUAG